AUGGCAGAAGAUGUAGAUACAAUCAUUGAUGUAAACUGUAAUGGGAUGUUCACACCUACCCUAUUGAUGUAUUUUGAUGGAGUAAAAGACUCUGUACCAUACACGGUUGUGAACAAGAUGAACUUCCCUGAUUUUAUCCCCUUUCUUGAAAAGCUUACUAACGGAAGAUGUAGAGAUGUGUAUUACUGUCCACAUGAAGUGAGGUUAUUUGAAGGAUUACAUGCUAUUCAGAAUGAUUGUGAUUUUAACGAGUUUCUUGAAGAUAUCAAUGAAAAGAAGAGAUUGGAUGUGUAUGUGGAUCAUCAUCAUGAACCUUUAUUUGGUUGGAUUCAAGAGGAAGAAGCAGAUCUUGAAGAUAAUGAUUUGGUUUCUGUUGAUGAUGUUGACUCCAUUUUAGAUGAUGGUCUGAAAUCUGAACAUGUAGAGGAUGAUGAAGUUAUAUCUCUCAAAAGAAACUUCAAUGAUCAAUUCCUCAACAAACUUUGUCCAAUAUAG